AUGGAAGACAUCAGCAGUGGCACUGCUGUGGACACAGAAGCAUCUGGAGUCAUCAGUCUUAAUGGAAUAGACUGUAAUACAGUAUAUAGUAGAGUAGUCACCCUUCUUUCAUUUGCAGGCCCAAAUUUCACAGGGCAGAUAGAGAGGAAAGAUAUAUUUACUGAAAUUUUAAAGGCCAACCAAGAAUGCAAGAUGCCUCUAGAUGAAGGUGACAUUGCUCGGCCAAGAGCACGUAAUGCAAUAAUUUGUACAGGCAAUUCCUGCUUAUGGAGCAAAUCCAGUGAUGAACAUGUCAACAUACCCUAUGUCAUCUCCACAAACUACACCGAAGAUCAGAAGAAUAUACUCAUGAAUGCCAUGCAGGAUGUGAAUACACGUACUUGUGUUAGGUUUGUGGAACGUUCAUCAGAAAUGGAUUAUGUGGACAUCAAACCUGAAACUGGCUGCUGGUCUUAUAUAGGAAAAAUUGGAGGCCCACAAAGCGUGGUCUUGAGUGCAAAUUGCAUGACGAAGCGUAUCAUUCAGCAUGAGCUGAACCAUGCUAUGGGUAUGCUGCAUGAGCAUAACAGAAGCGACCGAGACAAACACGUGAAGGUCAUGUGGCAGUACAUUAAUCCAGGUGACCGAGGCAGCUUUAAUCUGGAGAACGCUAAUACUCUGGACCUUCCAUAUGACUAUUCAUCUGUGAUGCAUUAUGGCAGAUUUGAUUACACUAAUUCUCCAGGAAAAGCAACCUUGGUCCCAAUUCCUGAUGCCUCUGUACCUAUUGGGGAGAGCAAUCAACUGAGUAACCUGGAUAUUGCUAAAAUCAACAAGCUGUAUGACUGCAAAAGCACAUCUUAAACUUCAUAAGAACAAAUAAAGCGGGCAGGUCUUCUUGAAGUGAUUUCAAUGAACAAGGCAAAUUGUGCUGAUUUUUCAAGGAUGGACCUUCAUAAACCUAAACUACCAGCAGCCAAAGCUUUGAUCAAUAGCAACCCUGCUGUACAGGUGAAGAAUUGAGCAUGAGGA